ACACAACACCGUCGGUUAUCGGCUAUCGCACGUUAUAUAAGCCAUCGCAGGCGUCUUUUGCACCGCACAUUCAUAUUGCAAUCGUCAUCGACCGGCAAAACGUCUUCGCGGGAUGAAGAGGUCGACACUGGUUGUCUUGGCGGCCGUGUGCUUGCUGCAGUUUAAGAGUUCCGACGGCGCUUGUCCGAACGCACCCGUCGAGCCCGACAAGUCUCAGCCGCUCGUCGCCCUGCUGUCCACACUGUGCUCGACGUCCACGUUGAACGCGCUACCCGAACCGGCGCUCGGCAGCAUAGUGAACACUCUGUCCACCAAUCCGCAACUGUUCGGCUCGUUGACACCGGACGCGCUGUUGACGCUUCUCAACGCCGUCGCUUCGUCGCCCGGCGUGUUGAACCAAGUGCAGCCCGCCGGUUUGCUCGCCCUGCUGGCCGCCAUAUCGUCCGCGUCGCCGUCCGCCAUCGGCUCGCUGCCGCGGUCCGUGGUGUACCCGCUGUUGAACACCCUGUCGGCGUCCGGCCUGCUGCCCAAGCUGCAGAACGCCCAGUCUUCGGCCGCCCCCACUUUCGUCGCCAAACUACCGCCGCUGCCGGCGCCGCCGCGGCAAGUCAUCGUCCCGGGCCCGGCGCACGGUCCCAUGAUGGUGACGUUGCCCAAAAAGGCCCAGCGUCCCCGUCCCAUAUUCAUUCCUUCCGGCCCCGCGCCGUCCAUUGUGGUGUCCAUCCCCGAGCUCAGUCCCGCGCCGCCGCCGCUGAUCAUGCCCCAGAACGGGCCCGGCCCCAUAGUGAUCAACGACCACCCCGGCGGCUACGCCCCGCAACCCAUCGUCGUGCCGGCACCCGAACCGCCGUCCAUAUACUUCACCACGUACCCGGCCAAGUCGUGCUCGCAGGCCUACUACAACCCGGCCACGGGACAACGGUACCCGCAGUACUAUUUCCAGUCCGGCCCGAACACGCCCAAAGUGUUCUUGACCACGUUACCGCCCGGCGUACAACCGCCACAGUGUGCGUCGUCGCCGCCGUCGCCGUCGUCGUCGCUGCCGCCACUUACCAAGAACUGUUGUUGACCGUGUUCGUUCCUAGUGUUGUCGCUAACUAUCGCUAACUGUUUUUAUUGUAAUUUUAUUUUUUGUUAAUGUUUUAUUUGUACUUUUAAGUUAUUAUUUGGCGCAUAUGAUCAUAUAAUAAAUCACUUUCGCCAAUCUCAUAUAAUA